CUCACGCGGCGCGGGCCAUGGCCGAGACGGCGGCGGCCGUGGGCCGCUUCAAAGCCAACUAUGCUGUUGAACGCAAGAUCGAGCCUUUCUAUAAGGGCGGGAAAGCACAGUUAGACCAGACUGGCCAAUUCCUUUUCUGUGUCUGUGGUACCAAAGUCAAUAUCUUGGAUGUGGCCUCUGGGUCUUUGCUGCGGAGCCUGGAGCAGGAGGACCAAGAGGACAUCACUACCUUUGACCUCAGUCCUGAUGAUGAGGUGCUGGUGACAGCCAGCCGGGCACUGCUGCUGGCUCAGUGGAACUGGCGAAACGGUAGUGUCACCCGGCUUUGGAAAGCUAUACACACAGCCCCGGUGGCUGCCCUAGCAUUUGACCCCACUUCUACACUGCUAGCCACAGGUGGCUGUGAUGGGGGCAUCCGUGUCUGGGACAUUGUGAGGCACUAUGGGACACACCACCUUCGGGGCUCUACUGGUGUUGUGCAUUUGGUGGCCUUCCACCCCGACCCCGCUCGCCUGCUGCUCUUCUCCUCCGCCACAGAUGGCGCCAUCCGGGUGUGGUCACUUCAGGACCGUUCAUGCCUGAAUGUGCUGACCACACACUACAGUGCUGUUACCUCACUGUCCUUUAGUGCUGACGGCUCUACCAUGCUCAGCUCUGGCCGUGACAAGAUCUGCAUGGUCUGGGACCUUCAGAGCUUCCAGGCCACAAGGACUGUGACAGUGUUUGAGAGUGUGGAGGCUGCUGUGCUGUUGCCUGAAGAGCCAGCUCCUGCAUUGGGUGUGAAGAAUUCAGGCCUGCACUUCUUAACGGCUGGUGACCAAGGAGUCCUCCGCGUGUGGGAGGCAGCUUCUGGACAGUGUGUGUACACCCAGCCACAGCUGCCGUGCCCAGGGCAGGAGCUGACCCACUGCACCCUGGCCCGCACUGCUGACUUACUCCUCAGUGUCACUGCGGACCACAACCUGCUUCUCUACGAGGCACAUUCCCUACAGCUUCAGAAACAAUUUGCUGGCUAUAGCGAGGAGGUGUUAGAUGUCCGGUUCCUUGGACCUGAAGACUCCUACAUUGUUGUGGCCUCCAACAGUCCUUGCCUGAAAGUAUUUGAGUUGCAGACUUCAACCUGCCAGAUUCUUCAUGGCCACACUGACAUUGUUCUGGCCCUGGAUGUGUUCCGGAAAGGAUGGCUCUUUGCCAGCUGUGCCAAGGAUCAGAGCAUCCGCAUCUGGAGGAUGAGCAGGGCUGGCCAGGUGACCUGUGUGGCUCAAGGCUCUGGGCACACACACAGCGUGGGCACCAUCUGCUGCUCUAGGCUGAAAGAGUCCUUCCUGGUGACAGGCAGUCAGGACUGCACUGUGAAGCUGUGGCCCCUUCCUGAAACCCUGCUAUCCAAGAACAAAGCUGUGGAUACCGAGCCCAUCGUGGUGCAGGCCCAGACCACCCAACGCUGUCAUGACAAGGAUAUCAACAGUGUGGCUGUCUCCCCUAAUGACAAACUGCUGGCCACGGGCUCACAGGACCGCACAGCUAAACUCUGGGCUCUGCCUCAGUGCCAGCUGCUAGGUGUUUUCUCAGGCCACCGACGUGGACUUUGGAAUGUCCAGUUCUCACCCAUGGACCAAGUGCUAGCCACAGCCUCGGCUGAUGGCACCAUCAAGCUGUGGUCACUGCAGGACUUUAGCUGUCUCAAGACUUUUGAGGGACACGAUGCUUCUGUGCUGAAGGUGGCCUUUGUUAGCCGUGGCUCGCAGCUGCUGUCCAGUGGCUCUGAUGGGCUUCUGAAACUGUGGACCAUCAAGAGCAAUGAGUGUGUGCGGACACUAGACGCCCAUGAGGACAAGGUCUGGGGACUGCACUGUAGCCGGCUGGACGACUACGCUCUCACUGGUGGCAGCGACUCGCGAGUCAUUCUCUGGAAGGAUGUGACAGAAGCUGAGCUGGCAGAGGAGCAGGCCAAGAGGGAGGAGCAAGUGGUCAAGCAGCAAGAACUAAACAAUCUGCUUCAUGAGAAGCGGUACCUGCGGGCACUGGGCCUGGCUAUCUCUCUGGAUCAUCCCCACACUGUGCUGACCAUUAUUCAAGCUAUCCGAAGGGAUCCCGAGGCCAGCGAGAAGCUGGAAGACACUGUGCUCCGACUGCGGCGAGAUCAGAAAGAGGCCCUGCUUCGCUUCUGUGUCACGUGGAACACCAACUCCCGGCAUUGCCAUGAAGCACAGGCUGUGCUGGGUGUGCUGCUGCGGCAUGAGGCCCCUGAGGAGCUGCUGGCCUAUGAGGGUGUGCGCGCUGCUGUAGAAGCCCUGCUGCCCUAUACUGAGCGGCAUUUUCAGAGACUUAGCCGGACACUGCAGGCAGCCACCUUCUUGGAUUUCCUGUGGCACAACAUGAAGCUGUCCCCACUCCCUGCCAUCCCCCCCAACCUUGUGAGACACAUAAAGUUGCACUUUUUUAUGUUGGUUCAUAAUGUGGGUAUCAGCAGUCUUUCCCAAGGUCAUGGUCAAGCAGAAUCCCACUCUAGGGGCUAAAGGCCACCCCUGCCA